UCCCGGGUGUGUAUGCAGGCUGUCAGUGAGUGGGAAAGUGACCAAGACCGAUGUUAGCACAGAAUUUGCGCGUUAUUAAACUCCAGUCUGGAGAAAAGCUAAUAUUUGAAGAUAGGUCCUCGGUUCUAAGUUCAUGUCGACCGGUGGCGGCCAGACCUGAGGAUGACCCCGACACAAGUACAGCGAGUGGCACCUUCUCCCUGACCUCCUGCUCGAACAGGUGUUCCAGUACCUGACGCUGUGUGAGCGGUACAAUGCCUCCCUGGUAUGCUCGAAUUGGUAUGCAGCUUUCUAUUUCCCGAGAGUUUGGUACACCUUCGUAUUCCACGAUGAACUGCUCACCAAAAGAAAGUUCAAUUAUUAUUCUGGAUAUCAGAAACGACUCGACCACUACAAGGUCACAUAUUCCUGUCCAACAUGGGCAAGUUUAUCAAGACGCUGAUAAUCAAGCCGAUGACCAAUUUCUUCAGCCUCUACGAGUUCUGCAACAUGUCCUGCUUCAUGAACCACAAAGUCCCUGGCACGCUGGACAACGUUCAUACUUUCCGAUUCCACUUCUCCUGCCACCUCGCCCAGCGGUCGGAGGAGGUCGUCUUCGGACCGGAGGAGAGAUCCUGCAGAUGUUCAAGCGCCUCCUCGGGAUCUUGACCAAACUGAAGACGUUGGAGCUCAGGGACCUGCUUCUGGAGGGCGCCGACGGACUGCAGCUGCUGGUCUGCGUCGAAUGCUGCGAAACACUUCAGACGCUCAUCCUGGUCAACAUAACCAAGCACAGCCACUGCCUGCUUCACCGGGAGCCUUCGUCAACCUCCAGACACUAG